UCCAGGUGCAAACCAACCAUUGAUCUAACGACGUUCGAACUGGGAUGUCUCGGCCCAGCUGUGAGUAAUGGCUCGAUAUUUUCCGUCUGCGUUUGGUUUUACUUAACAUUAGCAAUAACGGUUAAAAUUUUGUUGUUUACAUGUAUCUGAGUACCCAAGUAUUGCUUUUCGCAUUACCUCAAGAUUCCCUUUAUUUUCCUCGACAGCUUGCCAUUAUUGUGGUUCUGUCAUGUCUCAAACGAAGAAGCAAAUUGAAACUUGAAUACUGCCAUGGUUAUCCCGGGCUCUUGAUGUAAGUAUUACCUUCUUUACAGUUGUAUUCUCUGCACAGUUAGUAUAUGACAUAUAUUGUAAAAUAUUUUCUUUUUUUCUUUUUUUGUUUUCAGACCAGUCAACUUUUUACGCAGUUUUAGCUACAGCAACAGGUUUACCAUUGCUGCUACGUUUGGAGCCACGGCCAAUUCUUGCCUAAGCCUUUUUUUUUUCUUUCACUCCUGUCGCAUUCGCCUUCUCGAGUGUUCCUGGUUGGUUGAAUGGUGAGAAAAUGGUAUUAUUCAUUCAAAAUAUUUCCUACUUUAAAACAUGCUUAUCCCGAUCGAUGUAAAGUUCCCGUCUUCAUAAUUAACAUUUGCCUUUUCCUCGGCACUUUCUUUAUACAAAAGGAUGUUCAUUCUCACAAAUAUUCCUUAGACAGUGGUUGUCAUCCAGAGAGUGGUGUUUUUGCUAUUCUUGCGAUGUCUUUAUGCGGUAAUUCGGAUUUUUCGUCUUCGGAUAACUUGCCAAACCCUCCGCUAUUUUCUCCAGCUCUGAACUGCCAAAGCAGCUGUGCGACCGCGCCGCUGUCUGUCUCUUUUUCUGUCAAUAACUAAAAUUGAAGUCACUUCUAUUGAUUUCGGCAAACAUCUCCCAAAUUUGGUCAAUGCUAGUUGGUUAUGAAGAAUCAGCCGGGAGGUUAAACUAGAAGCCAAUCAGAAAAGGCGAAAUAGUUUGAAUGAAUAAUAGUACUGAUCAUUAAAAGUAACUGUCAACUACAACCUCGGACAAAACGUGUUGAGAAACAUCACAAAAAAUAACCAUUUUUUUUUUUCAGUCAUCCUGGCAAAAAAUGGAAACGGUCACCAAAUAAAUGCCCGUUUCCCCCCUCCCCUUAUCCAAUGUUGCUUAGGGUCACGAGAAUUAAACUGUGGGCUUUUGACCAAAACAACAUUAAUAGAGGGUGGGAGCUUUCAUCUCCGUCCGUCAGUUCAGGAUAUACCAAAGUCAUUAUCCAGACUCCAUUUGAGAUAAGAUCGGUUUUAUUUUGAAUUUAUUUAUUUUGAUAAUUAUAAUUUUGUACUUUAGGGUACGUUCAUGUGAAGUUUAAUUUUACAAUUUCUUUCAGUUUUUGUGAAAAUAUUUUCUGUUCUUGUGUAUGGAAUACUGUUCUACCCAUUCUUUGCGUGCCUUACAACUGAAUACAAGCUGGUUGGAUCAUCUUUUGGAUUUCUUUAUGCUGCUAUAAGGUUAGACAAUGCCUCGUGAUUUAACGAUAAGGUUGUAAAUGAAUCCUAACUGGUUAUCGACUUGUGUAUAAUAUGGGUCCUUAUGACUUGCUGUUGAUGCUGGAGUGUUGCGUGUCGACGGACGCAAUUCUUUUGAACUGCUGUUUGCUUCUUCAUCAUGAUUUUUCGCUGAAUUCAAAGUUAAAGUAAAAAAGUAUAUAUGUUGGAAAAAUUUCUCCUCGAUUCAACUAUUUAAAUUAUCCUAGAGCUGGGAAAUACUCUCGGGGCGUAGACGGUUGAUCAAGCCAAUCCAGCUGCUCGAAAGGUUCUUUGAGAGUUUGAAAAGUUUCUCAAGGUCAAUGGAAAAGACCUGGCCAUCAAUGACACUUUCAGAGUACCCUUGCAGCGCUAUUCUGGCCUCACUGGGAGUUCAAGUGGUGCUAAUUUCGGCAUACUUAAGUCACGAAAAGAUAGAACUCUCAUUAGAUAUAGCCUUUGAUGAGAUCUGCAAGUUGAUUAAAUGAGGCUGAGUAUGAUAUCGUCAAGACUUUUUCAGAUCGAGGAGGCUGGCGGGGCUUCGGCGGAUAACAGCCUCCUAGUUCUGUAUAUUCUUUAUAUCAUGGGAAAGUUUGAUUCAGUAAGUGUUUUCAAUAGACCUUUUUACCGAUACGGCGGCCAUGUUGAAUUAAUUCGAUUUAAGGAGUAUUAUGGGAUGCCCAGGGGGGCAUGAGCACAUUUCGUCUGUAUUUUUAAGUGCUUUUCGGGACAUUUUUUCUUAAAGUUUUCUUAAAAUAAAAUUGUAACGGGAAAAAAGAUCCCUGUGCCGUGUUUGGAUGUAAUAAUGAUCGCCUUUUUCCCGAGAAAUAUACAGUGAAAGACCAUAUUUCUAAUACUAAACUAGAAAAAGGCGAUCAUUAUUACAUCCAAACACAGCACAAGGAUCUUUUUUCCCAUUACAAUCUUAUUCUAAGAAAACUUUAAGAAAAAAUGUCCCGAAAAGCGCUCAAAAAUACAAACAAAAUUUGCUCAUGCCCCCUGGGCAUUAAAUCGAAUUAAUUCAACAUGGCCGCCGUAUCGGUAAAAAGGUCUAUUCAAAAUAUUUCUAAUAAGUUCCUGACAUCAUGUCGCGAACUCAAAUCCUGGUACACAGCUAGGGGACGAGAACAAGGAUUUCGGCGCUGGCUCGCAGACGGACUUGGCCGGAGGUUUAGUUUUUUAGUCAGUGGUACAGAUACAUAACCUGUUUUGCCGUUUUCUUGAGUUCUAUACUCAUGACAAUGAAGCUACCACCACUGUGCUGCUGACUUGUAUGUUGAUGAUAAAAAAUCAUUGUUCCCAGGGUGACUGACGUCAUCAAUAAUUUUUUAUUACCCGCAUCGUCCAAAUGACGUCAUGACGAAUGGGAUGUCGUGCCCCUGGAGACAUGUGACGUUCAAAAUGGCUCUUAUCUUUCUAUUUUUGUUACUAUUCCAUCGAUGUCUUUCACCAGUCAUGUCACUUAUUACGAAAUAUAUCGUAACAGAAACUACUGAAUGUAAGUUUUUGAUGGUUUUUCGAUUUUUAAGUAGAUGGCGUAAAAGUGAAAAAUAAAACAGCAAUAUCGACUGCGUGUGUAAUCCUUUUGCUAAAUUACGCAGCCAUUAAUAGUGAUAGGAGGUAAAAACAAAUGAAUUAAAACACGCUUGUUUCUGGAGUCGAAGCCAAAGCUAACCGUAGAACCUUCGUUAACCAACCUUUGUUAGAUCAGAGUCAUGGAUUUCGUUCAAGGGCCUUUUCUGUAUUACAUAAUACUCCAUGUUAUCUUUCCACUUUUAACUUCUAUUUUUGUGUGUUUUUAGGUUCUGUUUCGAUCUUGGAAUUUAUUUUCAAUGUGAGAGUUAUUACAAAGUAAGAAAGUAUAUUGAGCCUAAUACUACUUAUCGCUAGUCUAGUUUCAGGCGAAGAACUCGUUUUAUUACGCUGGUCCCUUAUGUAUCAUAUUGGUUGGAUGGAUGGAUGGAUUUAUUGUGAUCACCCGAUCGUCAAUACUUGACAAUAACGCCUUUUAUUUCAUAUAUAUGACUGAAUGAUGAAGCGAAUCAUGUGUUCUGAUUGGCUCCCUGGGCGGGCAAGAUGGACCCAAAUUUUAAAAUGCGUCCGCGAGAGUACCGCAAACUUGUCAUGUCGAGAGCGAGCGCGAGAGAGUCGACAACUUCUUCAUUUCGAGAACAAAAUACAUGUUGUAACAAAGUUUAAGAUAUUCAUAACAUUUCACAAAAACCAGUUAUGCGAGGGGCUCUCAAGCAUUGAAAACAUCGGCCUUCAACAAAUAAUAUUAUUUUGAACAUGACGUGGCUGUUUAACGCAACGUCGUGCAAUUGCAUUUUGACAAGGAUCUUCUGAAAUGUAUUUUUAUUGUUCACUUCAUUUUAGGGUGAAAGCAGGAAUCUGCUUUAUAUUGGGUUUCUGAGCUUCCUCCCAACCAUCUUGUGUUUGUUGUUCAUCACUCUACGAUUUGCUGUUUUGCUCAUCCUGGAAGUCCGAAGAAAGUGGUUCUUGACCAUAAACGGCGACCAAGAGGUUAUAUUAGUUUACGAGUUACUCUUUUGUAUGCAAGCAAAUUCUCACGCCUAUUAGAAUCGCUCCUCUUACAACACUAAAUGAUCUUGAAUUGUAUAAACUUUCAUAUUUCAUGGCCGUCAAGUAGAACUAAAAUUUAUUAAUCUGGUGUGUUUUAACGGACUCUUGCAGAGGGCAGUUAAAACCAGUGAGAUGUGUUUGGCUGCAGAACCUGUAAUAAAACAUGUCAAGCAGAUACUUACUCCAGGAUUAAACAGGUGCGAAUUAAUGUGGCCCAAACCAGUACUUUUGUAGGUACACCUUCCGUCUAUUGCCUAAUUUCAUACCGCGAGGGGACCUGGCACUACCGUACUCUCUCGGACGGCUUUUAAAAUACGGAUUUUUCUCGCUUAACAUGUCAGCUUAAGCGAAAAAAUAUUUGCACCGCAUGUUUGUAAAGAUUUUCCAAGCUUUAGCCGACGAGGGAAUGGGUAAAUAAAGUAAACUUUUGAGUUGAAAGCUCAAAAGCUUUUCCAAAUUCGUGCUUGCCUUGUGUGGUUAGCGCGCGAAAAGCAAAACACCUUGACGUCAUAACCAUGUUUACAUACUCUCAUGCAAACACGCCUCUUGGCCAAUCAGAGCGCGCGUACUAUCUUAGUUAUUUUAUAAUAGUAGUAUAACAAGCUUUGUUUCUGUGCACUCGAUUCGCAUGUAACUUGUGACUUUGUACCACUUAACUCCCUGCAAUCUAAAUUAAUUUAGUAUGAUGGCAACACAGUGGUGAUUCAUUAAUUGUACAAAUUAAAAUGACCCAGUGAAAAAUGAAGGGAUUGGAAAGAUUACCUUUUCCGUUUUAUUGAAGAUCUUAGUAGAAGGAAUAAAAAAGUGAUUUCAACUAAAAGAUAUAAUCAACACAGAGUGAAAUGAAGAGUAAUUUUUCUUGAAGUAUAAUUUGGUUACAGAGCUUAUUUUCACUUGUUA